AUGAAGAGCCAGUUGCUCCCGGAGACACCCUUUCCAUCUGUGUACACCAUCUUACUACUGACUCUCUUCAUUCAAUUCCCUUCCAUUUUAGGAAACAACACCGAAUGGUACACCAGCUGCACCAAUUUGUUCAGUUGCGGGGGAAUCAGCGGCGUUGAUUACCCUUUCUGGGGUGGCAACAGGCCUCAAGAAUGCGGCCAUUCUGGACUAGAGCUCAUGUGUGAGGAUAGCACUCCAACCAUCGAGAUUAUGAACGUGAAAUAUCGGGUUCUUCAAGUCAAUCCCAGUUCUCAAAUCCUCAGAAUCACCAGAAAUGAAUUUGUAAUCAAGGAUAUCUGUCCAGAGAAAUUGGUGAACACCACCCUCGAUGCCAAUCUUUUCGAGUAUGCUUCGGGAUACGUCAAUCUUACUAUCCAAUACGGCUGCCCCUCUCUGAAUAUUCCUGUCCCGGCUCAAAUAGCCUGUAAUAUCAACGGAAUCACUUACCAGAACGUUUAUGUCGUUCCGGGGGCUCAAGGGCCUGGAACUUGUCGGGCGAGCAUAUUUUUUCCAAUUCAUAGCACAGCUUUUGGAGGAAUUACUGUAGAGUUGUCAAUUCUGGGGCAAGUAAUGGCUAGCGGAUUUGAAGUGCGAUGGAAAGUGGAUAGUAUGCAAUGCAAUGAGUGCAGGAAUUCGAAUGGCAGCUGCGGCUAUGACCUCAAAUCCAAUCAAUUUACUUGCCUAUGUCCCGGAAAUCAGGCCUCUGGUCACUAUGGAUGCACAAGUACCUCAACUGAUGAAAUAAGUAGCCCGCACGAGUCCAUGGUUGUUUCAGAGGAACCAGAAUCAUUGCUGAAUUUAAUUCUAUCGUAUCUCUCCCCGUCUAUUGAUGCUUCGUGUUGGUUCCCUAUACAUGUGACAUGUCACUAG